UCUAGAUUAUGUAAUUAUACGAGCUCUUUCAGCUCCUGAAUACGUCCAGGUGGAACCGACGACGGUUCACGAUUAUACUGCUGCUUUAGAUACACUUUACUAAUUUGAAAUUAUGUCAAGAUUUUCUGAUUGGUUCCGCGAUAGUUAUUACAGGGUUACCAAGCAAUAUUGUCACUAUGGCGCUGAUGAUAUACCGGUAAAAUCAGCUCAUGACUUGAUGCCGUCUUCACAUUAUGACCAUCGCAACACUUCGCUCGAGUUGAGUUUAAGAUUUCCACACGGAUCAGCUCCUCACAUAAUCGAGGACCAUGGCUAUGGUGGACAUGGACACGAGGAAGACGAAGAUCCAGAAGAUGUGUGGUCAGCGCUCAGUUCUAUUCACUGUUUGAUUGUUGUUAUACUUGCUGCAACUCUUGAUAUGGCCUAUGUGUUCCUGAAAUUCAACACGGACUAUAAGCCGGUGACUCUUGAACACGUCGAGGGUUACUUCAUCUUCCUCUACCUCGUUUCUUUGACUUGGUUAAUCUUGGUUCCUAUUGCCAAGAGACCUCUUCCUGACACAGCCGAUGAAGAACGCUGGGACCUGCAUGCCAGCAAUAAAUAUGUGAAUGUUGGUUUGUUGUUCUUUGGAUGUGGUGGUUGCUUGUGGGCCAUUAUGCGAACAGCAUUGUACGUAGAGCUAGGAGAGCCGUGCUAUAGCAACGCCAUGGCUUUUGGAUCUAUCUUAAGUGUAACAUUCACGAUGUUACAAAUUUACUUUUUCUGGAGAUUCUCUUCAGUGUGCCUAGUAAGAUGGACACCACUUUGCAGAAUGGCACUUAUGCAUUUGGUGGCCACAAACUUGUCGAUCUGGAUUCGGACACUUAUUGAAGAAACGUGGGAAGAUUUCUUGGUAAAAACUUUUAAGUUCGACAGCUACGGCGGUGGAUACAGUUCAAAAAAAGAAAAGGGUGGUGAAUAUGGGGCCGAAAAGACCGCAUAUUUAUACGGUAGCGCUCCAUACACAGGCGAAAAAACAGAUCUUUUUUACGGCUCAAGUUACAACUCCACUAACCAAACCACGGAGCUUUACCAAUGCGAUAAAGGUGAAGGUUUGAGUAAAGCUGUUUACUACGCUUCAAAGUACCUGUACUCAUUUACAGUCGAGUACAGCAUCAUGGCCGCUGGUCUGGCCUACGUCAUGUGGCAGAACAUUAACCGACGCAUUGAGCACAGCCACGAUCAUCAUGCCCCACACACGAAUCACGAUUACACGUUCAGCUUCGAGUGCGGUCUGCUGCUCGGAGUCCUCACAACAAUGUGUGGUGUGAUCAUCCUCAUACUAAACAUUAUCUAUACAAAAGAUGUGACAAAGAAAGACAUGUCUUUUGAAACAUACCACGGCUACCGUAUUUUUUUAAAUAUAAUAUGCAGCAUAGCGUGUGGAAUGGCUUUCUACGGGAUUUAUAAAGGCGGUUGGAAAUAUGAACAUGUGGAGGGUCCUAUGCACCAUUUCGAUGUCAGUAUGUUGUUUCUGUGUGUAGCUGGUUCUUUUCUUCAGAGUCUGUUCACGUUCGUGGCUGCUGUGGCCACACUGGGAACCUACCAACACGCCGGACUUUUGCUUUUUGACGAAAUGACGCACAUGGCACAGACUGUGAUACAGAUGGUUCUUAUGUUGGCUGCCAUGAGCCGUAAGCCACCAGAAGACUUCAAAGAAACACGCACCAAGCAGAUACUUAUGUUCUUGCUGGUGUGUAACGUAGCUUGGUGGAUCCUGUGCUCGUAUGAAUUAAAGGGUGGAUACGAUCUCUUCGAAAUGGAAAAUGAGUAUUAUGGAAGCAGUGCAUGGUAUGUGGUUAUCCAUCUUGCGGCUCCACUCGAGAUCCUCUUCCGCUUCCAUUCAACUGCUUGUUUCUUUGAAAUCUGGAGUACUGGUAAACCUUCCGAACCUGAACAUUAAACUUUGAAAGAAGUCUUUUCUUAAAGCUACCUGGUGGUUACAUGUAAAGUCGUUACUCGAAUGGUAUAAGCAAAUACAUAGACAAAAAAAAAAUGGAUGCCAUGGCGUUGUUCUAAAUACAAAUUAUAAUAAAACACGACUACAGCACACGAUACAAUGUCAAUUCUUGGAACAUAUAACUUUAUUUCACCAAUAUCUCGAGAGCUCCUGCUCUUUUCUUCAGUGUGGCCUAAAUGCUAUGCAAAAUAUCAAACCUGAAAAAGAGAGCAGAAGCACUCGAAUUACUACGUUAAUGAAAAUUAUAUGAUAAAUUAAGGAGGUAUGGAUAAAUUUAUGUCCUGAUCUUAUCGAGCAUAGCCUUUCAACAAUAGGUUCCUUAUAUAUAAAGUAUCAUACCACUGGACCACGUAAGCCUAUUUAUAUAUCACAUAUGGAUCAUAUUCUCCACCAUGUGGAUUCUGUGGUAAAGAUUCGCUGGCGGAAUACCUGUAUAAUUUCGUUACUUUAGUUUAAAACAUUAUGAUUUGUAAGGAUCAUAAUGCAGCGCUUGUAAUUUGAAAAUAUAUUUUUUAUACAAAAGUAUUAUAAUUACGGUUUCAAAAAUGCUAUAUAUUAAUAUGAUAUACCGGUACAUAGUAACGCGUAUUCUAAUUGUUAAAAUUAAUGUUUUUAAGUGCUUUAUAUAGAAGAAAUGUGUUCUCACUAAUGCUAAAGAAGACAAACGGUAAAUUGGAGAAUACCCGAGAAACAUCAGCUAAACCUAAGUAGGCCUAUGAUAAAUUCUGAAACUCAUACACAAUUUUGAAAUUUUAACUAAAUUAUGCAUGAAAAUGUGCAAUGUUUUAUUGCUCAGUUUCAAAACUGUACCUAUUUUCCUUUUAAUACUGCGUACGGUAUGGCUCUCUAGAUCGUAAUAAGACACAAUUUAUCACAACACCCAUAGUAUUUGCAAGUCGAUUAUGCAGUUUAUUUUAUUUUGUUUAAAAUAUUUUUUAAGCACAAAUGACGAAAACGAAGACAUGAGGUAUAUGUAUUUUUUAUUGUUCUGCUAAAUAGAAAGUAUUGAAGGUUUACGUACCGAUACAAUUUUAAGAUAUUCAGAUGGUGUAAAGGCCGAUUUUUACUAGGCAGCGAUGACGGCUGAGGUAAAAAGAAACCCAGAAUCUAUUAUAUUCUUUAUACCAAGGAGGUAUUAAAUAACUAUACACUCAUCGUGUCGUAGUAGGUCACAGGGGCGGAUCCAGAGAUGUCUAAAAGGGGGGCCGAAAGGGGGCCGAAAUUUGGGCCGAUCGAGAAAACAGUGUCCCAGGGGGUCCGGGGGCAUACCCCGCGAAAUUUUUGUGUUCUA